AUGAAUGCAAGCAUUCUCACCAAGGCAGUGGCACCGGGCCGUCUGCUGUCCAGCCGUAUUUCCAGGCAAUCCAAGCUCAAGGAUUCGGUCUGCAAACGCGCCCAAAUCCACACCGUCACUUGUACCGUUAGACCCACGAAGCCUCUAGCUUCCCGGGUGACAUCUCAAGCUCCCUCAUCCAAACGUGCAUUUCAUGCGACAUCCACCAACCUCGCACCGAGCGACCCCUACAAGACCCUGGGUGUUGACAAAUCAGCAUCUGCGGGCGACAUCAAGAAGGCAUACUACGGCCUAGCGAAGAAAUACCAUCCCGACACCAACAAAGAUGCCGGAGCCAAGGAGAAGUUUGGCGAGAUCCAGAGCGCAUACGAAAUCCUGUCCGACCCCAAGAAGAAGCAGCAAUUCGACCAGUACGGUGCUGCCGGCUUCGACCCCAGCGGCGGCGGCGGCGACCCGUUCGGAGGCGCUGGAAACCCAUUCGGCGGCGGGUUCGGAGGACAGGGCGGCUUCGGCGGCGCCGGCGGCUUCAACUUUGACGACAUCUUCUCCGCGUUCACGGGCGGCCAGGGCUUCGGACGCCGCGGCGGCGGCGGAGGAGGCGGACGGAACCCCUUCCAGCAGGAGAUCCUGGUGGGCGACAACAUUGAGGUGCAGUCGAGCAUAUCCUUCAUGGAGGCGGCCAAGGGAACGAGCAAGACCAUCACGGUGACGCCCCUGACGGAGUGCGGGACGUGUACGGGCAGCGGGCUCAAGCAGGGCACCAAGCGGUCGGCGUGCAAGUCGUGCAAUGGGACGGGCACGCGGGUGCAUUUCAUGAACGGCGGGUUCCAGAUGGCGUCGACGUGCGGCAGCUGCGGCGGCACGGGCACGACGAUCCCCCGGGGGUCGGAGUGCAGGUCGUGCGCGGGCAACGGCGUCGUGAGGGAGCGCAAGACCAUCACGGUCGACAUCCCCGCGGGCAUCGAGGACGGGAUGCGUCUGCGCGUCGACGGCGCGGGCGACGCGCCCGUGACGGGCAAGAAUGCCGAGGCGGGCAUGCGGACGCAAAAGGGCGACCUCUACGUCUUUGUGCGCGUCGCGACGGAUCCCAAGUUCCGCAGGGCCGGGUCGGAUAUCCUGUACACGGCCAGCAUCCCCAUCACGACGGCGAUGCUCGGCGGCGAGGUCACGGUGCCGACGCUCGACGGGCAGGUCAACGUCAAGGUGGCGACGGGCACCAACACGGGCGACAAGCUGACGCUGUCGGGCAUGGGCAUGAAGAAGCUCAACGGCAGGCGGGGCGGCUCCGGCGACCUCAAGGUGGAGUUCCGGGUUAAUAUGCCCAAGUAUCUGAGCGCGAACCAGCGUACGCUGGUGGAGAUGCUGGCGAACGAGAUGGGAGACAAGACGGCGCGGAAGAUUAUGAACGUCACUCCCCAGGGAACCCAGCCAGCAUCCCCGGAUGACUCCGAGACUCACAAGAACGAGGGCUUCCUCAAGUCCAUGUGGCACACCCUGACGAACCACCCGGCUCACCAGAAGCCUGGUGAGGACGGUGCGGCACCAACGGAGAAGAAGACGGACGAGAAGAAGGACGAGUCUAAGAAGGAUUCUUAA